UUGCCUCCGCUUGUCUUUCUCUCCCUUCUGUAUCUUGGCUCUCGAUGCUUCCUUUGAUCCUCCUGUAUCGGACGCGCCGCCGAUAACAGCUGAACCCUCGCUGCAGCAACGCGUCCUGCUUUAUUAUUCGCUCAGAUAGUCUUCCAAAGCUCUCUCUCAGUAUCAGAUUCCAGAAUCUCUCUAAAUUUACUUCUGUUGGUUAGGGAAGGACAAAUGUCGAAGUCUUGCAAGGGACUAGCAAUGGAAUUGGUCAAGUGCCUUAGUGAAAGCGAUUGCAUUAAGGUUGAAAAGCGGUCAUUUAGAGAAUGUGCUGGAGAGAAGAGUCCCUCAAUAUCUAGUGAAUGUGUUGGUUUAAGGGAGACAUACUUCAAUUGCAAGAGAGGCCAGGUUGACAUGAGAGCUAGAAUACGAGGAAAUAAGGGCUAUUAAGUGCUGAAUGUGGCGAUGAUGACAAAUUAUGACCUUUUAUUUACUGAGACAUUCCUAUGAUGACUUACAAGCACUUUUGAGCCACAGUUCAAUUUUAUCUCUCGGUGAACUAGUUUGACAGAUAAAACAUAGUUUUUAUAAUGUGGGAGGCAAAUAUAGUUGAUCUUUCUUUUUUUUUUUUUUUUCCCCCCCCCUUUUUUUUUUAAUUGUUUAUUUAUUAUUAUUAUUAUUUGGGUGUGUGUGGGUGUGGGUGUUUUUUUGGGUGGGGGGUGAUUGGGGUGGAGAUGAUGAGAUAAAUUUAGAAAUCUUAUUUUGAAUUUGCCUGUUGUUAUGUCUUCAUGUUUCUUUUUCUUUUCUUCUGUUUGCCUUUGAGCGUCUGAUUUGUCUGUUUUCCUAAAAUUUUCCGCUUAUUUGUAGUGACCUGUAGCGAUGACCAUGUGAGUUUUCAAUUGUGGACAUGGCUGUGAUGAGUUAAAGUCCUAGUAACAUAGACAAUUGAAUCAUAUAAUAUUCACAUAUUUCUAUACUGCAAAAUAGCUAGUAUACACUUUCAAUUUGUGAUUCUAUGGGUAGCCCAAACAUGGAGAUCAAACUUUUAGAUUUUCAAUCUUCUCUCCAGUUUUUCUUGAGGAUAGCUUAUUUCUAAUCAUUAGAACUUAUUUUAUAUUUAUGUAUCAAACCUGCAUUUUUCUUAAAGAUUUUAUUGCCUUAUUCAUGCCAUGAAACAGAAUGUGGCGAUGAUGAUGAAUUUCGACCUUUUAACUGAGACAUUCUCAUUGCUGUGCUCUUAAAUACUCCUGAGCCACAUAUAUAUAUGUUUUUUUUAUUUUUAUUAACCGCUUGAUCUCCGCUUUUAUAUAUUAAGGAUUGGAUGAAUUCUUUUAGCAUGGGACAUAUGAAUUCGUUGUUUUGGUCCGUCCAACAUCAUUUUGUUAACUUCAAAAUGUCCGAGUUCGAAUCCUCCACCCUCAGUGUCAAAAAAAACUAAAGUGUUAAACUGCAUGUCCAUUGAUGGUGGAUGGAAUUGAUGUGUUUAAAUUUGACUCUGACAGAAUACACGUACUAAAGACUAAUAACGAAGUACAAUAUAA